CUGAUGCUGAUGACAAUCAUGAUCUCGUAUUCUCUGAGUUUUUUGUGCAAAACACAAUUAAACAUCAACAAUCAGCAUCAAUUCACUUUCACAUUGUGAAUUUCACAAUUACUUAACUAAAUGUGAAUGAAUAAUUCCCCUGGUCUGAACUUCGUUGGUUAAUAUUGGUCAUGGCGAGCAGUGGCAGUAAUACUCCAGUAACAACAGUGCAAGAUGAUGCGGCUGGUGACCAUAGUAGCGAAGGUCAUCAGACGGAGGAGGAGACAGAAUUGGAAUCAAAACCGUCGUCAGACGAUGCCCGAAAGCGUCUAUUUUCCAAGGAAUUGCGUCACAUGAUGUUUGGCCUGGGGGAUGACCCCAACCCAUACACGGAGAGUGUCGACCUCAUCGAAGACUUGGUUGUGGAAUAUAUAGCAGAAACGACUCAAAGGGCAAUGGAUACUGGUAGGGCGGGUCGAGUUCAGGUCGAGGACAUUUUACACCUCGUUGGAAAAGACCCUCGAAAAUAUGCUCGCGUCAAAGAUCUGUUAACAAUGAACGAAGAGCUUAAAAAGGCCAGGAAAGCUUUUGACGAAGUCAAAUAUGCGGGUGUUUAAUUGCGUCGUGUGUGUGGGCAUACAUGUGUGUGUGAACAUUUUGUAAUAAUAUUAAUUAUGUUUUUAAAUUAUCCUUAGAAUAAAAUUGUAUGCAAAUUUAUUGAAUGAA